AAAACUCUGAUACUAAAUUGCUUGUCAGACUGCGUUCUCAUGAAGAGAACAUUUGAUGAGAGUUAAGUACGCGGACACGCAGUUGUUUCACCAACCACUAAACCCAUGCCAAAGGCAGCAGAACGACUAGUUCACUGGACACAAGCCUGCUACGUUCAGGGAAAAGCUGAUCUUGAUUAGGAUCAAAUUGUUUUAUUGACUCUAAUAGGAGCAGUGUUUUAUCGCAAAGACUAAAAACAGAAAUAAAACAGAAAUACGGGUACCAUUUGGAGUGGAAUAACUCAAUCUAAAAAAUGUAUUAAUCGCAGCCUGGGUGCAGCAGGAGAUCCCUUGUGGUGCGCUGCAUCAGAUGUUCUGUUUCAUAAAGAUGAUGUUAUUGCAGAGUAGGACGCUGGGCUAUUUCUGAUGAGGAUUGUUAUGAAAACAGACAUCUAAAUAACCCUGACUCAAAGUUGUGCCCUGUGCCGUAAAAAGUGUAUUAUUAAUACAGUAUAAUUACAGUCUCCAAAGUAAACGCCACAAUCAAUGUUUUCUCCUCUACUUUUGGACUCAGGACUUGGAUGACAACACCAUAAUAGCAUUCCAAAUGAUACACUAAGGUAGUGUACCACAGAGGGUUUAUUCAGUGCUAGUUUACAGGUCCAUGGGUGGGUUGUUUGAGAGACACACUAGCAUAGGGACUUGUACAUAUUCUUGGAGAGGACAAGAACACUCAGAAAAGCUCCCCAAGUGUAAGUUAUCUAUCUCCAUUGAGACAUAGGUGUGUCUCACAUAUAGGGGUGAUGGUUAGUCUCACGCGCACACACGCACACACACCCGCACACACACAGCUUUCUACUUCUCCUGUCUCUCUUCUCUCACCCCACCUUCUUUGACAUCUCCUUCAGUGCAGUUCGUUAUUAGGACUGUGAACAGUGGCAGGCCUGCCUUGUAUUUAGCCACAGAUAGCCCAGCGGAUGGAUGAAUCUGAAGCACCAGGUCAUCAUUUCCACUCCCCACAGGGACAAGAAGCCCAUUGGCCAGCAGGGACAGGAGGCCCAGUGGCUGGGCAGUGGAAGCCGCUGAGGCCAGAUGGAACUGGGCCCACAUUCUUCAUCAAUGAAAUAUUUGAUCUAAGUACAGUUUUCCAUACCCAAAAGUAUAAUAUUUUUUACAAAUGGAGUGGACCUUUUUUUUUUUUUUUAGACCGUACCCUUUGCCAAAUUUUUAGAACAUUUCAGUUGUUUCGGAGUACAGAGUGAAUCGAGUUAUUGCAUUCACAUUUCACAGAAUAGGCAUAUCCUUAAUGAAAACAGCAUUUCUUGGCUUUGCUACCCUCCAGUUGGAAACAACAGCUUGUGGGUUAUGUUGACAUUACUCUACAAAUCUCUGAAUUAUCUUUUCUUUAUAGUGUCAUUUAUUACUGGUACUCCCAGCCGGUGCCCUCUGUCUGAGCAAAUAGCGUCCGUAAGUGUGUGUUUUUACCGUGUCAUUAUUUUUAACGUCCUCCCUACAUCUCUCCUAGGUGGGAGGUGACUGGCUGGACUAGCUGCUCCGCGACGUGUGGGGUGGGCAUCCAGACUCGGAAUGUGUACUGCAUGCGUGUGGUCUCCAUGGAGCAGCAGGACAGCGUGAGUCUGUCGGAGGACGAGUGCAGGGAAUUCAAGCCGUCCAUCCUUCAACCCUGCAACCAGCUGGACUGCCCUCCGGCGUGGGAGACUGAACAAUGGCAGGAGUGUUCUCACUCCUGUGGAGGAGGUGUCCAGGUACGUAAGGUGUUCUGUAAGCAGCUGUUGUCCACGGGGGCCUACAGGAGGUUGGGUGAUGCAGGGUGCCCGGGGGUCAAACCAGCGUCCCAGAGGACCUGCUCCAAGACGGACUGUCUGCCCUACAUGGCGGGGGCAGAGUGGGGGAAGUGCUCUGUGUCCUGUGGCCUGGGGAUUCAGCGCAGGGAGACGGUGUGUCAGAGGCUGACCUCCACUGGACAACAGGUGACCCUGGCCCGGUGGCACUGCGACGGCCUCCCCUCUCCACCUCUCAUCAGGACCUGCCGAAUGAUCACCUGCCCUAAUAAUAAGAAAGAUAUGAACCCCAAACCGCAUGUGAAGGAAUCGGACAGAAUCAACCAGCAGCCCACAAAGGAGACAGGGAAGGAAGCAACCAUCAAGGAAACAUUCCAGGAGCCUGUGAAGCGAUGUCCACUGAUUCUGGGCCUACGUCGUAUCUACAUCCAGACUCGGCAGGAGAAACGCCUCCACCUGACUGUAGGCGGCCGUGCAUACCUCCUGCCCAAAACCUCCCUGGUCAUCAAAUGCCCGGUCAGGCACUUCCAGAAAGCCUCCAUCCGCUGGGAGAAAGAUGGCCGACCGCUGCCCAGCUCCAAGCGCAUGGGACUCACCAAGUCUGGCUCCCUCAAAGUCCACAGUCUAGGGGCAGGGGACAGUGGGGUGUAUGUGUGUAUCGCUGGCCCUGCCUUCGAUACCUUCACCCUCAAACUGAUUGGCAGUGACAGCAGACUGAUCGACCGCCCGGUUGAGAACGAAUCGGACCCUGAAACCGAACCGGACCCGACGAGGGUUCAGCCACUACACAAUCCUCAGAACUGGGACUUCCAGGACCUUCCUCGUUGCCUCCCUCUCACCUCUACCCUCAGAGGUCCCAGUCUGUCUUUCCUGCCUUUCGGUGGUACAGAGACGUCCGUGCUGCAGAUGCAGGCAGGGGCCUCUGGGCAGCAAUCCUCGAAUCUGGAGGAGAGGGUGAGGAAUGUGAGUUUGCAGGCAGAGGCAGGAGAGAUCAGCCAGGAUCUGGCUUCUCAGAUCAUCUACACCAUCAUCACAGAGAUGUCUGGAGGACAACCGGCUUCUACAGAACAAUGGAGAGGGACUGAUGAAGAGACGGGGAACCCAAAAAACCGGACACCAAACUCUUCAGAAUGGUCAGUGAGUGGUUUCAGGAGACCAGUCAUCAUUCGACAGAGGCAGAACCCGCUGAUGACCUUCCAGAGGAGUUUAAACAUUAGUAUUGGCCGGAUAGCCUUCCUGACCAACGCCACACGGCAGCUCUACCUGCUUUGUCCUGCAGAGGGAGUCCCGCAGCCCCAAAUCACCUGGACCAAGGACGGAGUAGUGUUACGACACAAUGACAGGUUACACUGGGAUAGCUCUGGGGGACUGUACAUCUACAGCCCCGGGCCAGAGGACAGAGGACUGUACAAGUGUACGGCCACAAACACACAUGGCACGGACUCUGAGACUACGCAGCUGCUCCUGGCUGAGCCUCCUACGAUAGCAGUGUCGUGGAGGAACGUAUCUGACCAGGGGGGCCAGAGGGGCCUCAGUCUGAGUGCUGUGGUGGGGGGGCAUGUCAGCGUACACACAGGAGCCAACCUCACUCUGAACUGCCCAGUCAAAGGUGUGCCCCAGCCCACAGUAACUUGGCAGAGAAAGGAGCGCGUGUUGGAUGCCAAAACGGCGGUAACCCUGUCCUCAGGCUCUCUGUGGUUCCCCAACAUCAGUCUCCAGAGCCAAGGCACCUAUUCCUGUGUGGCUGCCAACCCAAUAGGAAAAUCCACCGCCUUCACUGUUCUCCAUGUGACAGGCCCAGACCCAGGCAGAGGGUCUACAGUGUCCCAGCCAUCCAAGGAGCUGAGCAGGAGGAGAGUCCUCAUGGCUUCACGCAUGGGAACCACCGUGACCAUUAGACCUGGAGACAUCCUACGAAUAGGAUGCCCUCUGGUUCCAGAUCUUGGAAGGUCCUUCCAUUGGGACCACCAGAAUCACACUCUAAUAGAGUCCACCUGGAUCGGACCGGACCCAGCCCCGGGACUGCGGCUGGGUCAAGAUCAGAAUCGGGCUCUGGAACCUGGUUCUGGUCUUCAGUACCGUUUCCUGGUGGGAGGUCGUGUUGUGGAGGUGAACACUGUGAAUGGAAAGUUCACUGGUCGCUACCGUUGCCAGGCGCCCAUCCACGACAACACACAGCUGCUCUCCGCUUGGAUCCACGUCCGUGCUGAAGAGUUUGCAUGGCGCCUGGGAGACUGGACGGCGUGCAGCGCCUCGUGUGGAGGCCGGGGGACGAGGACUCGGAGGGUCCGCUGUGUCACGCUGGAGGGACGUGAGGUGCUGCCCUCGAUGUGUCACCACCUCCCCAGGCCGGCCUCUGCACAGCUGGCCUGCAACCUGCAUGACUGCCCUCCCAGCUGGGUUGCCUCCGUGUGGUCUAAGUGUUCCACUUCCUGUGGACGGGGCUGGAGACAGAGGCAAGUGACCUGUGGGCAGGUGGAGGCAGGGGGAGCAGUGCGGACGCUAGCGCCAUCCGUCUGUGGGAGGACCACGCGUCCGACAAGCAGACUGGAGUGUACAUCUGACAGCUGUUCUGCCUGGGUCACCAGUACCUGGGGAAAAUGCUCUGGGAAAUGUUUGGGUCCCACCCUGACAUUCCAGAAGAGGUCUGUGUGGUGUAGACAUGUCAACGGCACAACAAACUGUGACCCCAGUGAAAGGCCACCCUCAGUGCGUAACUGUUCGUCUGAGUUAUGUGACGUGCACUGGCGCGUGGGGCCAUGGCGAGCGUGCACGGCCGCCUGUGGCAGCGGGUUCCAGUCUCGCCGGGUUGAUUGUGCCCACCGUCGGAGUGGCAGGACCCUGGCGGACCACCACUGUACCUGGCACCGACGCCCGGCCACCUGGCAGCACUGCAACGCUACCACGUGUGGAAGUGAAUGCAGGGACACCACCCACUACUGUGCAGUGGUCAAGAGGUUAAAGCUGUGCCCCAUCCACAUGUACAAGCAGAGGUGCUGCGAGUCCUGUUCACAUGAGGAUGGCACCACCUAGUUUUUUAAGAUGAAGUUGCCCCUAUACACUAGUCCUGGGUUAUUUGGGGAUUUCCUCCAUUAUUGGUUAUGGCUGGGAGUUGAGGGGGGGGACGGGGGUUGAUCCUUGAUCUGUGACUAGGGGGAAACUUCACCCUGAGGCGCUGACACACAGAACGGACAACAACCCUCUUGGAGCCGUGGAUGGAUGGAUGUGUAGAAAUACAGAGGAAGGAUGGAUGGAUGGAUGGAUAGAGAGAAUGCUUGGAUGGAUGGACUGAGAGAUGGAUGAGGGAUGGACAAAUGGAUCAGGUAGCAAGACAGACUGGGCUGAAACCGUUUGGAGUUCAUAAAUCUUAAGACUGCUGUAGAAACAACAUCACCACCAUAGAGAAAACACAGUAUCCCUUCCAAUAAUGAUGCCCCAAAAACUUGAUUAGACUGAAAAUGUUAUGUUACGGUAUGUUUGCUGGAGACCCUUUGGUGAAGACAAGAGUUCACAAAUAUGGACUGAAUAAUUUUAAAGAUGACCCAAGUGAUGUUAUUUGAUGCAGACCGAUGGUGUGAAAGAAACGAUGCUGGAGCAGGAGGGUGGUAAAAGCACGCCGAAUGAAUUGGUUCAUGCAUAUCCUAUGUUUUCUUAUUUUUUAUUUAUAACAAAUGCAUCUAUGUAUGAAUUUACAUGUAUGGACGAACAGUAUAGGAACUGGUCUGGAUGUGUGAAAGAGUCCUACAUGACCAUUCACAUGUGUGAAGGCAUAGAGAUGUCAGUUUUUAGUGGUCUGACAUUGAUUUAUGGAGAAAAAAGCAACGUAAUUCUUACCUUAAUAACUUUCAAACCUAUAUCAAGAAAAAAAUUAACAAGAUGUUUCCAUAACGGUCAACUAUUAAUGUCCAUGCACACUUUCUUCUUCAUAAGACCAGGUUAGAUUAGUAAGAACACUUCGUUUUGCUACCAUGAGUCAGACAUGGGUUCAAAUGGUAUUUGUGUUUUCUUUUAAAUACGUCCGCCGCAGUGAAUGUGCUUAUCGAGCGCAAUGAUACCAGCAGCAAAGUCCCACACUUCCUGGUGAUCCAAGCAGGCUCAAUCAAACACAAGAGGGAAGAGAGACAGUGAAAAAGACUGGGGAGAGAAUGAAGGCUAACGAGAAAGCGAGAAGAGUGAUUGUGAAAAUGAGAGUGGGAGAGGCAGGGAAAGGGGAAAGAGAGGUUGAAAGAGAGUGGAGAGAGAGGGAAACAGAAAGGGGGGAGAGAAAAGUAGUGAAAGACACAGAGAGAGAGAGAGAGAUUGAUAGAGAUGAGAGUAAGGGUGAAAGGGCUGGACUGAACAUAUGAAUGUGCUGUGAGUGCAUGAGAAAGAGAGGGUAAGAGAGGGAGGGAAAGGUUAGGUUCUUCCAGUGUGAUGUUCUCCCAGUCUUAUCACACCGCCAGUGUUCCAAAUAGCACCCUUCUCCUUAUAUACUGCACUACAUCCAGGCUCAUAGGCCCCUGGUCAAAAGUAUUUUUUUUUUUUUUAUAAAAUGAUUUCUGUUUGAAUCCAGGAUUGGUGGGAAGACAAAACUGACUUGUGAUUGAUUUAUUUAAAUUCUUUAAAUUAUUUCAUUUAAAUCUGUUCCCAAAUAAAUCCAGUAAAAGGUGAGACUUAUAUGGCCAUGCCUCAAUGUGAUCAAGGUAUGAAAUGUUCUUCUGCGAAAUAAGAGCAUAUCGCAGAAAGAAAUAUCCUCGCUAGUUACUGUGUGUUCAGGAUCCCACCUAUCAGCCCUGAGAGAAACGUAGUGGCCUCGCCUCCUUCCGUAGUUUGUUACCAUAGGAGACUGACUAAGGAAGGUGCCAUUGGGGACAGGCCUGGAGAAAGCAUGACUUGUCAUAUGUUAUCUUCAUAUUUCUCUGUUCUUUGAGUAAUGAGGUUGAUCCAUUUGUACUAUUGUUUUGGUUAUCCAACCAAUUUGCUGCAUUGUAAAAUAUGUCUUGUAUAUACUGUGUUUUUAAGUGCAAUAUUGUACAUUGAGUGUUAUUUAGAUUUUUUUGUGGGACUUUAUUUUCUUACCUCUUUAUUUACUUGUUUUCCUAACUCCUGUUUAAAAGGACUCAAUACAAACCCUAAUACUACAGGAUGUAUAAGCACUUGCUGUUGUUGGAUGCCAGGUUGGUUUUUCAUAGCUUUCCGUUAGGGUUUAUUUGCAUGCAUUUACUUUCCACCGCUGUGUUUUAAAAUGUGUUUUGCAGAUACACAUUAUAAGGUGCCAGUCACUGAAACACUUACUGACAUUCAUCAACGCUCUUUAACUACUGAUAUUUACGAAAACAUAUCAAUAACAUAAAGAUAACCUUGGGUGUUGACAUGGAUACUGUUUGUGAAAUCAUAACUAGUUUGGACGAAAAUCAUACAGACACUUUUGGGAAAAAAAAAACAUUUACUGUAAGUACUCUAGCAAGUCAAAGUUAAUAAAAACAGUUUGAUCACCUCA